UGGGGCGAUGAAUUUAGUGUCCUGCGAUCACCCCAGUCAGUGGUUUUUCGAGAUGGAGGGGCCGCUUCCUGGCGAGAGGAUCCCUGAUGUAGCUGCAUUAUCCAUGGGCUUUUCUGUUGAAGAUGACCUUCCUUGGCCUGGGCUUGGAGUGGGUGACUGGUUUAACAGACCACGAGCUACUGUGCUGGUGACGGUGAAAGGAGUAGACAAGCUGACGUUGCCCGAGAAGGGGGUUUCCUACCCUAUUGAGAAUGCUGUUCCUUUCAGUCUUGACAGUGUUGCCAGCGCUAUUCACUCGUUGUUCUCUGAGGAAACUCCCGUUGUCCUGCAGCUGGCCCCUAGCGAGGAGAGGGUGUACAUGGUGGGAAAGGCAAACUCAGUAUUUGAAGAUCUUUCUGUCACACUGCGCCAGCUGCGAAACCGCUUGUUCCAGGAUAACUCCAUUCUCAGCUCCCUUCCUCUAAACUCCCUCAGCAGAAACAAUGAGGUUGACCUUCUUUUUCUGUCUGAACUACAAGUCCUACAUGAUAUUGCAAGUCUGUUGUCUCGACACAAGCUUGGCCAAAGACCGCUCACCAGACCUGUAUUCUCUGGAACUGUCUGGCUUGGAAGAGAUUGGGAAACGUACGGGGAAGAUUCCCAGCAAUUCAAGGAUGCUUCUCAAAUUCUUGCAGAAUCUCUGCAAAAGUUUGCGGAUGAGAUGUAUAAUCUCUAUGGCGGAAAUGCAGUCGUAGAGGUGGUGGCUGUAAAAGAAUUUAAUUCUGCUCUCAACAGGAAGACUCGUUCCGUUCUCCAGUCUACAGAGAGCGAUGAAGAUAAUCCAUAUAACCUUGCCUACGAGUAUAACUAUGACUACGCUGUCGUCUUCAACAUUAUUCUGUGGUUGAUGAUAGGUCUGGCUUUAGCUGUUAUAGUUGUCUCCUACAACCUCUGGAAUAUGGAUCCUGGCUAUGACAGCAUUAUUUAUAGGAUGACAAACCAGAAGAUAAGAAUGGAUUAAACUGCACUGUGUUCCAGUACAGCAAAAUGAUGAAGAAUAAGGUUUCCUUUAAAUUAUGUGAAAGCAAAU